AAAAACUUGUGUGAAAUGCACCUGAAGUACUUUAUUUUGAUAUAUAUAUAUUUUUUUUAAUCUUACCCUUUACCGCAUUGCCUUCGAUAUACUCUCUUGUCACGCCUUAUGCAAGAGUUAAUCGUGCGUGAUCAUAAAAGCCAGUAUCCACAGGUUUGUCACAGAAAAAAUAUAUGCGUUAGGUACGUGUUAAUUAAAUUAGAUACAACCUUCAGGGUAGAAAAAUAUUUAAGGCCCUUAUGUUUGAGGCUUUUAAAUUCUUCAUUAAAAAAAACGAACUUCUUUCGCUGCGUGAUUUUUAAAUUAUUAUUUCCGUGGUAACGUAAUAUGUUGCAUAAUCUAGCUGACAUUCGCUUGCACGUGCACAGAAGACGGGUAUCAUUCAGUAGCCAAUGAAAUCUUAGGGAAAAAUUCCCGGAUGUAACAUACCACAAAAACUAUGUAAAUGCCCUUCCUUCUUCCUUUCAGUGUGAAAGUACUGAAGGGAGUUUUCGUGUCUGUCGUGAUAGCUAUCCGAAAGCUUGUCAAUUUUGUGUCUGCAAGGCAUAGAAGAUUAAUAACGACAUUACAUUAAACGUCCUCGACCGUACUUAAUUCUCCUUAUCAUGCGAGUGCACGCUGAUGAUGAUCUUUCAUUUUCCGGCUAUCGACAACUGAACGAUCUCAGACAUGAUUCCGCUUGGAUAACAUCUUGUGUUCUUUAUGCCCACUCGGCAAUCUGUCUUGUCGUGGUGGUUGCGUUUGCAAGCUACGGUAUCGUUUGGCCGGUAAAGGAAAAUUCGGAUACACUACUGCACAAGACAACGAGGAGAGGUACGGGUUAACGAGUCGUCAUCCUGGUAAUGUACAAAUGUUCAACUGAAAAUUAGCAUUUUGUCAUCGCGUCCGCUCGACCGUCGCGGCCAAACCGGUUUCAUCGGGUUUGUAACCAGUCGAAGCGGCACGUUUCCAGUCUCCUCCACCAACAAUGGAGUGAAACGUCUUAUUUGAUAUAUAAAUGGAGUAUUUAGAGAGAAAGGCGAUCGAUUAUCUGCUCUUUUGUGGGAAAGUAAUGAAGUGUUGUUGUUCAGUUGACCCUGGUGUCUUCUCAUCUUCGGUCACACUCCCUAGUGUUAUGAAAGGAAUUGGUCUCAUCUAUUGAUCAUUUUAAGAAUUUUUCCAAGGGUUAAACGAGGGAAGACCUCUUUUCAUGAGUAAAAUUGUAAGGGCAGAAAAUUGACUUUUAAAUUUCAUGGAAUCACAUUUUCAAGCGAAUAUUUCGUAAUUGUUUACGCUGAAGGUGUUGGGAAAUGAGUAUGUUGGCGUCUAUUGAUUGGUGGCUUAAAUCGUUCUCGCAAAUAGUUUAAAAACACAACUGAUUUUGCCAGACCAAAGGGUUAGUUGUGAGAUUCAUAUGUCCUUUAUAUGCAUGGUUGAAAGCACUGUGAAAUAAAUAAUGCCAAGCCUGACACAGGGCCCCAUUAAAACCAGCCUGUCUGGCUGUGGUGGGUUCACCCUGGAAAUAUCCAUAAUAAACUAUCAUUUCAAGAAGUUGAAAAAUACCGCCUGGUGUUAUUGUGAUAACUGUAGAAAGCAACCUGCAAUUUUAGAAUCGAUAGGGGUUUUGAUCGAGUGGUUUCAAAAUCGCAAUAUGGCUUGGUUUCGUGGUCUAGUACAUAAUAAUUUUCGCUUGUCAACAUGUUCCUAUCGGAAGUUGGCAGUAGUUUCGUUGAAACACGUUCGAAAUUAUGUUUAUCAUUUUCUACUUGAGAAACGAAUUUUGUUUGACGAGAAAAGUAGAUGUUUUGAAGGGUGAGAUAGUCAUCCAAAUAAUGGGAUCCUGCCACAACAUAUCAAAUUUUUUUCAUCGAAUUUUGCCGUUGGACCGUAAAAGUACUGGGGCGUUUCUCUUAGGGUGUCACGUGAACGGCAAGUGAGCUCUAGUACAAAGUGUAUGGAGACUCGUGUGACAAUCUGUGAGGCCACCAAUAGAAAUUAAGUCUUUCAUUUAAAAGGUAACCUGGUCAAAAAUGAGAAACUUAUUUUGUCCCGAAAUAGCUUUUGAACCUGAUAUGUAUCUCGUCAUGCGGACAUUCGGCUCAUCUGACGUGUGGGAAUCAACAUUUUUAUAUUUCGAUAGAACUUUCAUAUUCCCUCUCUUACCACUAAAUUCAUGAAAAAAAGCGAGAACAGUAAGCUAGAUAUCAACGAAAUAUCACUGGGCACGUGAUCAGGGCUAAAAGGAUGUGGCCUAAGCCUCCCUUCCCCUAGGACAAGAGCGAAUCCUUCCCAUGGGCCUCCGCAUGCAUUAACGCUCUAACGUGGAUGUUGCGUUUUCAAGUGAAAUUUCUCAACGCAUUCUGUGACAUGUCUCUUCCAUAACAAAGAGUUAAAUUGAGAGAAGAGCAAUAUCGUAAUUGCAUCUAAUAACGAUGCAUAGUAUUUUUCGAGGAUCAGCGAAGACGCUGUCGUACAAUUCCUACUCUAUAUCCUCGGCGAUUGUCGGCAAAUCGUUCGAAGGAGUGUCGACUCAAUUACCUAUUCUGUACAGUAAAGUUACAAUCCUUGGAUUUUAUCGUUCGUUUUCGCAUUCUCAAAGAGGUAAGGCAAUCGGUACACAGAAGGGAGGUUACUUUGCAACUCUGGGAAAGCCAUGGCCGAGAGUGCAUCGAGAAACUAAUCGAUUUUAGUCACAUGCCAACGCGAAACCUGUACCCUCUUAACUCUUAGCUAAUCUUCACCUUGACGCCUAUUGAGCGAACGGAGUCUGAUAAAUUUUUCACUGCUCAUAAUUUUCAAAUAAGUUGAGGAGAAAUUGAAAUUGUUUCUUUUCAUCUUCAGGCGCCCGAAGACUUGGAACCGCUGUAAGAAAUUACAUGCGAACCCUCCGAUGGUUCAGUAUCCCAGCGAGUGUUGGCUUCGCUUACGUUUGUUAUCAACAAUUCUGGCACAUUAGGGAGAGAGAAAAACGUAAAUUACAUGCUGGUGAAUCUCUCGAACCUAGUCAAUGGCAGGUGAGGUUGCGUAACCGAGACGUCUUCUGGUGUCACGCGAGUUCGAGUUUCACUUAAACAGGUGACUUUUUAGCUAAAUUACCCACUUUGUAAUCAUUUCAGGUUGCAUUGUUCAAGAAAUUGCCCACAAGAGCUUGUUCACGUGCUUUAGGAGCAGUUUGUGAUAUUGACUUGCCACCAUGGUUACGUAAACCCAUCAUUGGCUCAUAUUCGUGGUAUUUUGCCUGUAAUGUUACUGAAGCUGUAGAGGAAGAAAUUGUUAACUAUUCAAGUCUCGGAGCCUUCUUCAGAAGACAACUUAAACCUGAUGCAAGAAGAAUCUGUGAUGCAAGUUGUAUCGUAAGUGCUCAUUUUAUUUUAUGAUUUGUCAGUAGGAAGGUGUCAUUUUCUUCAAACAUUUAUUUCCUUUUCAUAGGAUCUUUUUAAAUGGGUCAGUUGUAAGUUAAUGGCCAAACUACAACUAAUUUUCUGGAGCUGGAGGAGUAAUCCUGUUUGAAACCUUGUUAAAUUUCAUUCACUCUUCCUAGGUGAGCCCUGCAGAUGGUACUGUUCUGCAUUUUGGUGAGGUGCAAAAUGACUUAGUGGAACAAGUCAAAGGAAUAACUUAUUCAAUGAAAACUUUCCUUGGACCUAAUCAACCAUCUGCUUCCACCUACACAAGAACUAGAGUCUAAUGACAAUAAAAAGCUUUAUCACUGUGUUAUUUAUCUUGGACCCGGUGACUACCACUCCUUUCAUUCACCAAGUGAAUGGAAUGUAAAGCAAAGAAGACAUUUUCCAGGUUUGUCAUCUUUUCAUGCAUAGUUCUUUUUCAUGAUUAGACCAAGAAGGCUAAAGUUUUUACUUAGUAGGGUACAAUAUUUUCCUGUAGCUAGCCUCAUGUGACAACUUACAACACAGUUACCUUUCUUUUAAGAAGGUAAAUCUUUCUCUUUAAAAGGAAACCUUCUGUAAUUAUCAUUCGUUGUUCUCCUUUUUCCAGGAGAUUUGUUUUCUGUGCAUCCAGGAGUAGCUCGUAUGGUUGCUGGUCUUUUCAACCACAAUGAGCGUGUUGUUCUUACUGGUACAUGGAAACAUGGAUUUUUUAGUUUUACUGCCGUUGGAGCUUACAAUGUUGGAUCUAUCAACCUCAAGUUUGAUCAGGUGACAAAUUAUUCCCUAACUUGUAUCCAUUCAGUUUAUUUCUCUUUUUUUCCUUGUCAGUGUAAACUGAGGCUUAAGUGUAUUGCAUCUUCAUCCCAUGGCUAAGACCUAAUCAACUAAAAUAUAGAGAAUACCUCUUUUUGAGCUGCUUACUAGUUAAUACACCUUUCAGAAAAUGCAUCUAGAUUUGCAUUCCCUUUCUGAAAUUAGGAGAUGCCAAGUAUUUUUUCCUUGGAUAAAUUGAGCAGUUCUUUGCUUCCAUUAAUCCUCCACUUUCUUUCAAGCUACACUGAACAAAGACUUAGCAUUUGUAAAAGAUGCAAGGGUGGUGUCAAUGACUUUUUUCUGUCUUGAACUUAACCAUUUCCAUAUAAUUUGACAGGAUUUGAAGACAAAUUGUCCAGGGAGAUAUUCAGAAGGAUCAUUUGAUGAGUGUGAUUAUAUUAGUGAUGAACCUAGUGGAGUAUCCCUUGUGCGCGGUGAAAGAAUGGGAGCAUUUAACCUUGGAUCAACAAUUGUCCUGAUAUUUGAGGCCCCCACAGACUUUAUAUUUGAUGUGCAACCUGGACAGAAACUGAAAUAUGGUGAACCAGUUGGAUCUUCAAGAGAAGAUACAGAUUAG